AUGCUGCGGAUCAAAGUAUCAAAGUUCAGUUUCAGUGUAGUCAAGUGUUUCGUGGUUAUUCGUAGUUGCUGUCUUUCAACGUUCGUGCUGGGCGCACCAUAUAAUCGGAAAAAAAAGGAGGUCUCAUUCGUCUCUCGCACAAUAUGCUUCCUCUUCUGAAAAAUUGCCUUGCGGCGCGACAGGGAAUUGUUAAUUAUGAAGCCUUCACUCGCUAUUCUGGAAUUUUCAUAAACAAGACUUAUUCGACAAAAAGCGAUGCCUCCAAUAACAUUGUAUUCGUCGAUGGAGUGCGGACUCCAUUUUUGCAAUCUGGUACUUACUACAAGAACCUUCUGGCUUAUGAUCUCGCAAGACAUUCGUUGGUGAGCUUGCAGAAGAAAAUUGGAUUUCCCAAGGAGAUAAUCGAUUAUAUUAUCUACGGCACAGUGAUGCAAGAAGUACGAACCUCCAAUAUCGGGAGAGAGGCCGCCAUUGGCGCGGGAUAUAGCGAACAUAUCCCUGCACAUACAGUAACAAUGGCGUGUAUUAGCAGUAAUCAGGCUAUUACUACUGGUAUGGCUUUAAUCGGUUAUGGCGCUUACGACGCUAUUGUGGCAGGUGGGGUGGAAUUUAUGUCGGAUAUUCCAAUUCGGCAUAGUCGACCUAUGAGAUCUCUGAUGCUGCAAGCGAACAAGGCGAAAACUUUGCCAAAUAAGCUAGGUCUCUUGGCCAGUAUCAGACCACAACAUUUCGUACCCGAUCUACCAGCUGUGGCAGAGUUUUCAAGCGGUGAAACUAUGGGACACAGCUGCGAUCGUUUAGCAGCAGCGUUUGGCGUUACACGCAAAGAGCAAGACGAUUACGCAUUGCGUUCGCACACUUUAGCUGCGCGAGCACAGCAACAGGGAUUACUGUCGGAUGUAGUACCUUAUAAAGUGCCGAACGUUGAUAAAGUCGUCGAUAAAGACAACGGUAUUCGCGUAUCUACAGAAGAACAACUGGCAAAGUUGAAACCCGCGUUUGUUAAACCUUACGGAACCGUCACCGCGGCAAAUGCCUCUUUCUUGACCGACGGUGCAUCAGCAGCGUUGAUAAUGCGCGAGGACAAAGCUCUACAACUUGGUUUGAAACCCAAGGCAUACUUGCGUACCUUUGUGUAUGUCUCUCAAGAUCCGGUGAAUCAACUGCUUCUAGGACCAUCGUACGCAAUACCGAAGGUUCUAGAUAAAGCAAAAUUAACAUUGAAAGAUAUAGGAGUGUGGGAGAUACACGAAGCGUUUGCCGGACAGAUAUGCGCUAAUUUGAAAGCAAUGGAUUCUGAUUUCUUCGCGCAGAACUAUCUAAAGAGAAGUUCAAAGAUCGGAGUACCAGAUCUGAACAAGUGGAACGCUUGGGGAGGAUCCUUGUCGAUCGGGCAUCCAUUUGCCGCCACCGGAGUACGGCUGGCGGCGCACACUGCUAAUAGACUUAUUAAAGAGGACCAACAAUUUGGACUUAUCUCGGCCUGUGCGGCUGGCGGACAAGGAGUUGGAAUGAUCAUGGAAAGAUAUCCUGGUGCUGCAAUCUAAUCCCGUCUUCUUUCUCGAGGAAUACAUUUCACAAAUGGAAUGUUAUUUAACUGAGAAAUAGCGAAAUAUUUUUCUACAAGAGAAAUUCAGAAUUGUUAAUUUUUUAAAGUAAUUUUUUAUUAGAUUGUGUAUAUACAUGAUUGUUUAAGAUUAUUAUAAGACUAUUAAAUUACAUAAGCUCUAA